AUGUCUAAAAGUAAUAUUUUAAAACGUAAAAAUGAUGAAUCAGAAUCUACUGACAAUGAUCAGCUAAAUAAAAGAAUUGCCUUGGAUAGUGAACAGUUAGAUUUGACUGAUAAACAAGAAGAAGAUGCACAAACUGCUCCAGCUAUUAAUACAGAUACUACAAAUACCGAUAUAACUAGUAAUAACACUAAUAAUACUAAUAAUACUAACAAUCUGGUAGAAGAUAUUGAGACUGAUACUCCUUCCAAUUCCGAUGAAAGCAAGUUUGUUUCUAAGCCAGUCUCCAAUCAUCGAGAAAAAGAUGAUCCAACCUAUGUUGCAUUUAGAAUGUAUUGUCCAGUUAAAGAAGCUAGUGUUAUAGUUGGUAAAAAAGGUGAUACUAUUAAUCAUAUCAGAGAGAAAGCUAAUGUAAGAAUUAAUGUUAGCGAUAAUUUGAAAAAUAUUCCAGAAAGAGUUGUUUCAGUUAGGGGUCCUGCUGAAAACGUUGCUAAAGCUUUUGGUUUAAUUACAAGAACUAUUUUAGAAGAACCAGAAGAUGAACCUGCAUCUUAUUCUUCUAAACAAUUCGAUUUAAAGCUUUUGAUUCCUCACCCAAUGGUUGGUUAUAUCAUUGGUAAACAAGGUACCAAAUUUAGAGAAAUUGAAGAAAAUUCUGCUGCUAAAUUGAAAGCUGCGGAACAACCUUUACCUUUUUCUACCGAUAGAAUCUUAUCUAUUACUGGGGUUGGUGACGCAAUUCAUAUUGCCAUCUAUUACAUUUCUCAAGUUAUAUUAGAGCAUAAAGAUUGCUUAAAGAAGAACAAAGUCAUUUUUUACAAUCCAGCUAAUUAUCGUCAACCCGCUCUUAAUGGUAUGUUAAUGAGUCCUCAAAAUAAUAUGAUGGUUAUGGGUGGCUCUCCUGCUGCUGCUUCUACUAAUCCUCUCACGAUGCAAAAUGUUGUUAAAGAUAAUACUCCAAAUCCUUAUCAAGUUGCAAAACAACCUUACAAUUUCCAAAUGAUGUUCCAACCUUCUAUUCAUCCUCAACAAGCUUAUGGUGCCCCAGUUGCUCCUACUCCUUCUGGUCUUGCUAUUCCUCCUCAAAAUCAAUACACUGAUGAACAUGGUAAUACUAUCGUUGGGGACAUCAUAACUCAUGCUCCUAAUCCAGUUCCGGGUCAACCUGAUAAAUUUAAUGAAGAUAUUUUUGUUGCUAAUACUAACAUUGGUUCGGUCAUUGGUAAAGGUGGUAAUAAUAUCAAACAAAUUCGUGAAAAUAGUGGCUGCUCUUAUGUCAAAAUUGAACCAGAUCAAAACCAAUCCAUUAUGCUUGGUGGUAAAGGUUUAGUUAAUAUCAGAAAAUUAACUUUAACCGGUAACCUCAACGCAAUUCAAACUGCCAUUUAUUUGAUAAAUCAGAGAAUCAGCGCAGAUAAAGAAAGGAAUAGUGUUUAA